AAUAUGCUUUCAUUCAUUAUCUAUCAUAUUGCACAUAAUCCAAAUGUGAAAAAGAAAAUGCUAGAAGAAAUUGAUAGUAUAUUCCAAGGUAAAAUGCGACCAAUUACUAAAGAUGAUUUUUACAGUUUAAAAUACUGUGAAGCAAUUGUAAAAGAAGCAGUUCGCAUUUUCCCAAUUGUGCACUUGAAUACAAGAUAUAUUGAUAAACCUAGCGAAAUAGCAGGAUAUCAAUGGCCAGCUGGAACAUUCUUUAUAAUUAACGUUGGAGUUAUUCAUAAUAAAGAUGAUUAUUGGGAAGAACCUAAUAAAUUUAAUCCUGAUAGAUGGAUGGAUGAAAAUUUCGAGCCAAAGAAAAAUUCUUUUAUCAUGUUUGGUGAAGGAUUAAGAUUAUGUCCAGGAAGAAAAUUAGCAAUGAUUGAAUUAGUUUGUUUGAUGGCUUUACUGUUUAGAAAAUAUGAAAUUAAUUUAGUAGAUAUGAAUUCUCCUAUUAAAACUAAAAGUGAUGAUAUUGUAAUUUCUUGUGUCAAAUUAUUAGUUAAAAUUGAAUUAAGAAAUUGA